AUGUCAGAAAACUUGAAGAGGGCCGAAUCAUUGUUUAAUAGAAUCAUGAACCAAAAUGGAAUGAGCGGUAGAACCGACAGUAAUAGUUCUUCUAGCAAGAAUAUUACGAACGUGAAUUAUAAUCAUAGUAAUAACUCCAGUCAUAAUAAUAGCAGUAGUCAUAAUGCCAGUGGCCAGAAUAAUCAUUCGCAAUCACAGAAUAAUCACCAUAGUCAUAGUCAUCAUAAAUCAUACAAAUAUAAUAAAGCAUCUAAUUAUAACAAUUUUAAUGGACAAUACAACCAGCCUGCCAACAUCGACUUGCCGAAAAGAGAUCCAUUGAAAUUAUCGCAGGAAACCGUCGAUGAUAUUCCAGAAAAUCAUCAUAUUUUGCCAUACUGUUGGACAAUAUGGCACCAUUCGAGAUCUAGGCCGAAGCAGAAGGAGCUAACAAACGUCAGCCCUGAGCCAACGACCGAGGAUGCUAAUAAUGACGACAGCGGACAACAGGCAGCAGCUGCUGUCGAUUCGUACUUACAAACAACGAACGAGAUCGAAUUUUCAACCAUCAACGGACAAAAAUCGUCAACCAAGCAUAUUGGAUCCUUAGAGCAAUUAUGGAUGAGUAUGUCUUCACUCAAAAAGACGUAUGAAUUAGCUAUUGGUACAGAGUUGUUGAUCUUUAAAAGCGGGAUCAAUCCUGUGUGGGAGGACCCUAUAAAUACCAAAGGUGGUAGAUGGGUGUUUAGGUUCAAUCGCCGCUCUAAUACUAGUAGUAAUUCGUCUAACAUAAAUGACAAUGAUACGGUCUUGAAAGUUAGGCAGAGAACAAGCUUGAUUUGGGAAAGAUUAUUAAUGAAGACUAUUACUGGAUCAAUUAUCCCAGAAGGUAAUUACUCGGAAGAGAUUCAAGAUUUACUCUUGAAUGAUAUCUGCGGGUUAGUUUUGAGUGUUAGAAAAGAUGAAGAUAUCAUCAGCAUUUGGAAUUGUAACUUGAACUUCAAUAAAAAGAGAGUCAACCCUGAAGAAAAAGAUGAAGAGAAGAAAGCUCAAAACAAGAAAUUGACAUCAUUUCAAGCCAGAAGAAUAAUCUGUGAUUCGAUUUUGAGAAUUAUCAGAGAAUGUGAUUUAAUUUCCCAAGGUUCUGACUGUAUUAGCACUUUAGAUUCGGGAUCGAACGAAAGAGUAUUUGGAGUUUCUUUUGAAUACAGACUCCAUUCGGAUAACAACAACCCUUCUAUUAUAAACAACGGUGGUGAAGGGAAGUAUAACCGUCGUUUUAACAAGCCAUACCAUAACCAUCAUCAUAAUCACUCUAAGAACGAUUCAGAUAAUUGA